GUCAGCAGCGCGGCCCUCAGACCACCUCACACUGCCUGUUAUGGUGCGAGCACUUAAAGUGUUACUAAACCCCGGACCCUGCAUUCACUAUAUUCAGUCUCCCCGGACCCUGCAUUCACUAUAUCUGGUCUUCCCGGACCCUGCAUUCACUAUAUCUGGUCUUCCCAGACCCUGCAUUCACUAUAUCUGGUCUCCCCGGACCCUGCAUUCACUAUAUCUGGUCUCCCAGGACCCUGCAUUCACUAUAUCUGGUCUCCCAGGACCCUGCAUUCACUAUAUCUGGUCUCCCCGGACUCUGCACUCACUA